AUGGACAGAGACCGUUUCCCGAUGGCGCCUUCGCGCGAACCGAACCCGCUGCGACCUUACUACACACCGCCAUCGAUAGGAUCUCAUACUCCCGCAGCAUCGGCCUCACAGACACCGCAUGCCGCAAGGGUGAAUGCAGGGCGCUCGAGCGCGACAAUAUCGAAUUCAGCUCGAGACUACUUUCCGGAGUUGGACAUCGACCUCAAGUCGACGACGAGUGAAGCUUGGCAGCAUACGCGGGGCUUGUUUGACACGUUAGCAUGGCGCUACACAUCUGUAUUGCUGGCGCAGCCCUUCGACGUCGCCAAAACAAUACUACAGGUCUCAUAUCCGCCAUCUGGCGCAACGACAGCUACGCCGCAAAAGAAGAGAUAUGGGCAAACGAGUAGCUAUGCGGGUAGCAGCAGAGGUCGAGGACGUGAUCGGUACGAUGACGAGACGGACGAAACAGACGAGAACGACAGUGAGAGCGAUGAUAUCCCAGACUACUUUUCAUCGACGGCACCGCGAAGUCGCUCGCCCCGGAAAAGGAAGAGGACCCCUCCUAGCGACGACAUGUCUCUUUCUCCCACUCCUCGGCCGAGAGACCGUAGGGAGCAGCACACUGGCGACGAGUUCAAGCUGCGAGUGAAGAAGCCAGAGAGCGUCAUGCACGCCAUAUCUGCACUCUACAAUACCUCGGGGGCUGUUGGUCUGUGGCGUGCCACGAACACCACAUUCCUGUACUCUAUUCUCCUGAGAACAACGGAUUCUUUCAUUAGAAGUCUGCUACUCGCGAUACUCGGUCUCCCCGACCUAUCAGGACCAGACCAAGGAGGCCUGGCGCCAGGUUUGAGCUCUGGAGGUGGCGCUGGUUUCAGCGGGAUUGAUUUGAGCGAGAGCCCAAAUGCGAUAGGGUCCUUGAUCGUUGUUGGCCUGGCGGGCUGCCUCACAGGGCUCAUGUUAGCCCCCUUGGAUUUGGUUCGCACGCGACUGAUUGUCACCCCAAUGUCGGUCCCUCCACGAGGCUUGGUGCAGAACCUGCGAAGACUCCCAUCUCUGCUCGCGCCUUCCGAUCUUUGGCUCCCAACGGGACUUCUCCAUACAGUCCCCAACAUUUUCUCAGCUGCGGCGCCGCUUUUUCUCCGGAGACAGAUGCAGAUCACGCCAGAGCUCACACCGAGUCUCUGGUCAGUUGCAUCGUUCGCGACCAGCCUGACAGAACUAUUCAUCCGUCUACCACUGGAGACCGUCGUGCGAAGAGCUCAAGUUGCGUCGAUUGUCAAAACACAGCCAGAGGCUCCUCUGGUAAUUGACCCUGCCCCAUACGUAGGCGUGUGGGCAACAUUCUAUUCCAUUAUGUACACAGAGGGUGAGACAACCACAAAGGCUCCAAGUGGCAUGCUACGCACUCGGCGCGGACAAGGCGCGGCGGGAUUGGCACGGGGAUGGAGAGUGGGUUUCUGGGGCCUUGUGGGUGUUUGGGGAGCAGGCGCUCUGGGUCCAGGCGAGCCGAAGGGAAGCAGAGGCGGACAGUUCUAG